CAAUAGCCUUGAGGGGGAGGAAGGAGAAAGAAGGAGGAAAAGCCACUUUUGUGUAAAGUGAAAGGCAGUGAUGUCACCUGUAAGUAUGCUGCUGUGUGACAGAGUGGGGAAUUCUCAGUAACUCCUCCUUUACACAAACAGAUCAUAUUUAAGGCAAACCUUCGUCCCUCCUUCAGCACAACUCAGCUUUCCAUCAGUCUGAACAACUUCAACAGAAACACCAUGGCAGCCUCAAACGGUUUUCCUGCCAGUUUCUAUGGAGAACCAGGAGUGUUAGGAAUGUUAUCCAAUGGGAUCAGUGCAUUCCUUGUACUUCUACAGAACUUCAGCACAGCUCACACUGGCAUUAAACCAGUUGGAGUGGAGAACAUACUUGCAGGUGUUCAUCUCAUCCUGAUUGGUGGUUUGUGCCAGCUGGUGGCUGGACUGCUCUCCUUUAGAAAGUACGAUCACCUGAGUGGCACUGCCUUCAUCGGCUACGCUGCCCUUUGGGGUAGCUAUGGGGCGACCAGAAUCUACUAUGGUGCUUUAUUUAACAAUCAGACUAUACCAUCAGUGUCAGAGCACAUGUUCAAUGGUUCAACCACCAACAUGAUGGUCAACACUUCUCUUCAAAACUCAACACAGUGCCACUUAUGUGUGUCCAUAGAAGAGUCAGCCAUUGCUGGUCUGAUCCCUUAUAUCCUUCUGUCCUUUAUCCUGGCAUUUUGCUCUGCCACGGUCAACUACAUCAUGCCUUUUGUUUUUGGAGCCAUCACGGCCACUUUGAUCUUUGAAGCAGCAGCUCUGGUGACAGGCCCUUGGGCUCUGGUGGUCUCUGGGGUUCUGGAGCUGCUCAUUUUGAUCUUUGCCAUCUAUGGUUCAGCUGCUCUACUCAUCAAAGGGCUGACUCAACGUCUGGUUCUUAAAGGCUUUGGGACCCCCCUCUUUAAUGUUCUCCUGCUAGGAACCACCAACUCAACAGGUGCUCAGAAACCUGGUCAAGAGAAGAAGAAGAACACAAAAUAUGCAGAGCCCAUGGCCUUGGGAUUCUUCUGUGACUCUAUUGCUCCCUUCAUCGUUGCCUUCUACAGCUUUGGGUACAUGAAAUCGUUUGGUUUAGGAAUUGCAUGGGUAUCAAUCAUCUCAGUCGCCCAGCUGUUCUCCAGCUACUACGCUCAUUUGCGCCAGGAUAGCUACCACACUACAAAAUUUGGGAUUCAUGCCAUGUAUUGGCUGAUCAAGGCUUGGGAUGAGUUUGUGGCAUCUGCCCUGAUUGUGGAGCACAGUCAAGUUGUUGCUGGUAGGGAAGCCAUGGUGGGAGACUGGUUCUUUGUGGUGGCUGGCUUGGUGCUCUGUGUGGGAAGCCUGAACAUGGACACUCUGGAGCUGAUCCACAACUUGCUCUUUGUUCUGCUCACAGUCUCAACAAUCCCCCAGAUCCCCCUGCAGGGUUACUACAUCUUCUUUGGUGUAGCCUGCUCUCUCUUCACUGCAGUCUCAGUCUACGGUACCUUCUCACGCCUCAUAAACACCAUCGCAGAGAAGUCUCUAAUCCCUGUGGGACCACAGCCGGUCUCCUCCGAGCAGCUGAAGAGAGCUCUGAUGUGUAGAAGAUCUCAACAGGGAGAACAAAAAGAGCUGCCCAACAGUGACCAGGCCUCAGAUGCUCUGUUUUAUCUCACCAACGGGGUUUCAGCACUUUCAGCUCUUCAUUCAGAAGUGUCAAGUGGGAACCCUUCAUUCCUUCAUCUGACUGUCCCCUGGGUCCUCAUCUCUGGAGGCAUCAUUCAGACCUAUGUCAGCAGGCUACAAGUCACCGGAGAGGGCCGGUUUGGAUCAGUCAUCUCAUCCAUCUACGUGGUUGUAUGGGCAACUUGGACGUGGUUUCGAUUUGCAGGUUUUCAGCUUCAGCUCCCCGUCCUGGCAGCCUAUGGAUUCACAGCUGGAGGCGUUGCUUUACUGGUCAUUAAUGCCUUCCUCAUGCUGAUUGGUAAGGUCUAGUAUCUGCUUUCAGCG